AUGUACUUCCUCAAGCGCUUGUCAGGCAAGUUCACCAAUGUCGCAGCAACUGCGAUUGUAGCUGCGGCUUGUUUUCCCUUUGUUGCUCUUGCCGAGUCUGCCGACGCCAAGCCCCGGCUGGAAGUGCGACUAUCAGUUGCAAAUGGGCUCCUGAAUGGCGGCACGGACGGUCGCAUCGUGGUAAUGUUUGCACCGCGCGGUGUAGACCCUCUUAACGACAUUGACGUCACGUCUAGUCCUAAUCUGUUCUUCGGAAUGAACGUGUACGAUGUAUCCAGCUUGGACACGAUCACGCUUUCCAGCGGAAGCGGGAACAGCAACGCCAUGACGGGCGUAUUUGGCUUCCCUCACGUGAGCUUGGAAGAUGUUCCGACGGGUCAGUAUUCGGUGCAAGCAUUCCUGAACAAGUACGAGAAGGUAUCUCGCAGCGACGGGUCUUCGGUUAGCGUCCAUUUCCCUUGUGGCGAUGGCGCGCCUAAUGUUAACGGGUUCGGAAGCCUCACCACGUCGAUAAUCGAUGUUGACGUCCACGAGGGUCCGCAGAUAGUGAAGCUCACCUUGAACAAGUUGACGGCCGUUGAGGCUUUCACAGGCAAGGAAAUUGGUGGGUGCACUCAGGGUAAUUACAAAGACACCGAGACGCUCAAGUAUGUCAAGAUCCGCAGCAAGGCUCUCAGUGAGUUUUGGGGCCGUGCUAUGUACGUGGGCGCCAACGUCGUGCUACCCAACGGAUACGACGCCAACGAUAAGAGCAAGCGUUAUCCGGUCAUCUAUUCGCAGGGCCACUGGCCGGCAGACAGCGGGGCUUUUGGCUAUCCCGAGUCAAGCUUCUCAGACGCAUGGGACAACGGAGUGAUUCCCGGCGAGAACGGCCAGCCUGACCGACCCACGCCUAAAAUGAUUCUGGUGACCUUCCGUCACGAGGCACCGUUUUAUGAUGAUUCGUACGCUGUCAACACCGCGAACCUAGGCCCCUACGGCGACGCGAUCAAUGACGAGCUAAUCCCGUAUAUCGAAUCGACAUUCAACACAAUCCCUGACCCUUAUGCACGCAUUCAGGAGGGUGGCUCGACAGGGGGCUGGAUCUCAGCUGCCAGCGUCGUCUUCAGACCUGAUCUGUUCGGCGCCUGCUUCUCAUCGUACCCCGACUCGUUGGACUUUCACAGGCACCAAGACAUCCCACUGUACACUGCUAAGAGCGCCUACCAACGCCCCGAUGGCAGCGCAGUCCCUUCGAUACGCGACUUCGAAGACGGCAGGGAAGUUGUUUUAGCCACGGUGGCGCAAGAGAAUCAUUGGGAGCUCACAUUUGGCACCUCAUCACGCUCCUCUCUGCAAUGGGACAUUUGGAACGCCGUGUUUGGUGUACAAGGUGUCAACAGCUACCCUCUGGAGCCCUGGGACAAGGUUACAGGGGAAAUCUACCCCGAGGCCGUCGAGUACUGGAAGCACAUGGACCUGGCUAACUAUAUCAUCAGCAAUUGGGACAACGACCGCAACCUUGGCGAGACGCUCCGUGGACGGUUGUUCAUUUACGUCGGCUCCUGGGACGACUACUAUCUAAACGAGGGCGUUGAGGAGUUUCAGAAGCGCAUCGAGGCCAUUGGCGGACCCAACUGGGCCAACAUCACAAUCCUUCCCGGGGAGCCGCACGGCGGCAACUACCAAGCCCGAGAAAUCUGGGACUACCUUGAGCUCGUCUACACUUGGAUCCAAGACCACUCGCCCGAUGGCGCAACGCCGCUGUCGAGUGCUGUUACGACAUCGUCCUCACGGGGAAACACCUUCGGCGAGGUGCUUGCAUACGGUGGCCACCAAGCCGCGCUCGCACGUCAGGCGCCACCAUCGGUAAAGGCUGGGGACUGGGACAAGGAAGGGUGUGUAUUUGAGGCGACCGUGGGACACUGGGAUCCCGGUGUGUCACUCGAGGCGCAGUGGGUGGUCAACGGUAAGCCGAGUUGCGAGCCGUUUGAGGUAGCGCAGGGCGAGCUGUUGACGUAUACGCCAGAGAAGAGCGGCAAAAGGUCUUUUCUGCAGCUCUGGGUGACCGGACGCAAGUCAGGUUAUGUUGAGGAGACAAGGAAGAGCAACAGGAUCGCAGUGACAAGGUGA